GAUUUUAUUUCUCUUUCUCUAUCUUUCUUUCUUCCUUUAAAAAAGUAUAAAAGGGUGAGAACUUACCUGUGUUCCCUCUAAAAGUCACAUUUCACUGCAGAUAAUCAUGGUCAGGCAGUAUCUUCAGACAGGCUUGGGGGUUGUUUUAAACCACAAAUAUACUUUUGCUUUAAAUAUUGCCCUCCAAGUUCCUUCCUACGUCUAUGCAAACUCAUUCCCUAUGCGUGUACUAAAUUUUGUCCUUCAUGGUAUUUUGAGUAUAUACAGAUUUAUUUAGCCAUUAGGCCACAUGGGGUGUUUCAAGUCGGAGGCUGUUGUUAGUCAUUUCAUCCCUGUUAUAUUUGUGUUUAUUUUUUCCCCACGGUGAAUUUCUAAGAUGGGGAUAGAAAGAUCAUGUGACAUACACAUUUAAGGUUUUAACAGAGACUACCAAUUUGAUCUUUAAAAAGCUAUACAAUUUCACAUCCUUACCAAUGAAACUCAAGAAAUCCUGUUUACAUGUAUUUCACUAACCCUAACUAUGAGGAAGCCCUAUUUUUGGAAGAGCAAAAGGUCAAAGAUGUUCUCAUAAAUCUUCAAUAUACGUUCUUAGAAAGAACAUCCUUUCCUGUGUUUGUAUUUAUGAUUCUCUGAACUAUAUGGGACUCCUGUUCAUUUUCCGCUUGACCUCUAUAUAGUUUUCUUACUGAGUUUUAGAGAGGGAAUGCCAGCAGCCCUAGUCUUCUGCUUUAUGCGCCUGUCAAAUAGAUUGUGUAGAGAUACAGAGGUCAGGGAGAUGCUAAGAGGGAAGACUGACUUUCCCUUGAAAGGUGUAAAUAUGAAGACCACAGAGGAGAAAAGGUGUUAAUGAGUAGAUUGGCUGGGGUGGAGUACUAACUUCCUUUGACCGCCCUUUUUGGGCAUCAAUUCCCAGGAAGAACAGCUUCUGUCUUCUGCUCAAGGCUCCUCCAGUGCCCCAAACAGUGCCACACUCAAGGAAAGAUACUCAGCAUUUACUGAGUGAAUCAGGAAAAUGUCAGCAGAGUGGAGUCUAGGACCCAGAUGGCUAUAACUCAGAGGGUGGUGCUGAGAUGCCAGACCUUAGGAAAUGGGCCAAAUCGAAUCAUCCUCCUUCCCACUCCCGUUAUUGGCAUACUCUCUUUAUUGGGGAAAAGAGUUAUAAUUUGAAGGAGGUGACAGGCAGAGGGGAGACUUUAAGGGAGAGGAAGCAUUGAAAAGUGAAAGUGAAAAUCAGAUACUCUUUGCUUUGAAGCUUUACCUAAGGCAGGUUUUACAGAUACUUCCCAAUGGUGAAAAGCCCGUGGUGCACCUGCGGGAGCUGAAGAUAUGUUUUUUUCCCUUGGCUUAUUUUGAAGAUAAUUCCAGAAACAUGAGGACAUCUACCAUUGUUACAUUCACAGUCUGCUGUGGCUUGCUAAAUGCAUUUACCAUCACGGCUCCCAAGGACUUGUAUGUGGUAGAGUAUGGCAGCAAUGUCACGAUCGAAUGCAGAUUCCCAGUAGGAGACCAGCUGGACCUGUAUUCCUUAGUUGUCUACUGGGAAAAGGACGAUAAACAAGUUCUUCAGUUUGUGGAAGGAAUGGCGGACCUGAGGUUUCAGCACGAUAGCUUCACAGGGAGAGCCCGGCUGCCAAAGGAGCAGCUUCUCCAGGGAAUUGCUGGGCUUCAGAUCACAGAUGUGAAACUGCAGGAUGCAGGGGUUUACUGCUGCAUGAUCAGCUACGGCGGAGCAGACUACAAGCGAAUCACGCUGAAAGUCAAUGCCCCGUACCACAAAAUCAACCACAGAAUUUCCACGAAUCCAGCCACGUCCGAGCACGAACUAACAUGUCAGGCUGAGGGCUACCCAGAAGCUGAAGUCAUCUGGACAAACAGUAACCACCAGUCCUUGAGUGGCAAGAUUACUGUCACCAGUUCCCAGUCAGAGGACAAGCUUUUCAAUGUGACCAGCACUCUGAGGAUCAACGCAACAGCUAAUGAUGUUUUCUACUGUACUUUUUGGAGAUCACAAUCAGAGAAAAACCACACAGCUGAGUUGAUCAUCCCAGCUCCACCUGCAGAAUUUCUCCCAAAUAAGAGGACUCAUUGGGUCCUUCUGGGAUCGUUCCUGUUGCUCCUUGUUGCAGCCACAGUCCUCUUCUGCUUAAGGAAACAAGUGAGAAGUCUAUAUGUGAGAAAAUGUGGCACCGAAAAUACAAACUCAAAAAACCAAAAUGACACACAGUUCGAAGAGACGUAAGCAGCACAGGAGCUUCUGAUCUUCAAGGUGGGAUUGCCAGUCUGUGGUCUGUGAAUGAAGGGGCCCUUGGGAUGGGGGUCCAAGGACUCAAAAUGGAACCUGGGAAGAGAACAAAGAAAGAAAGUGUUGGAAGGGGAGCCUGGGACAAAGGACAUUUCUGCAGGAGACAGCAAUACGCACGUUGUCCAUCAAUGGUCUUGGGAAAGCGGGUUGAGAAUCCCCUACCUAACAUCUUGGCCUUGAAGAAUCACCUUUUUCCUCCACUCAGUGCCUGGAUGAGAGACAGAGAGUCACAAGUGUUGACGUAUGAGUGUUUUCUAUUUAUUUUGAGUCUGUGCAUGCUUGUUGUGGGAGUGUGGUUGUGAUUGAUGCAUUCUAAAGACAUAAUAGAUGUUAAAAUGUAGUCACCAAACUCAACUGCUGCUUAUCAUCUUGUCCACGGGCAGAAAAGCAUGUACAUUUGUGAGGUGCUUGGUGUCCUCUGUAGCUACUGGUACAAGUGGGACACAUGGAGGACACACGAUUGCUUUGCUAGGGCUCUUGCUGCAUGACUUGAAUAAUCUUUAUUCUCAGUCCUCGAGGCUCUGUGUAAGUAGUUGUUCUGUGUAAGUAUUAGCCCUGCAAGUGUCUGAUACUACACUCGACAAUCUCAUUUCAUCUCCAUAGCAACUCUCAUGGUAACUUCUAUUAUAUUCACUUCAGAACCCAAGAAGCUGAGCAAUUCAGUAACUUGCCCACCAAGUUCUGUCCUUCAGCCAUUGUCCUCUUAGGCUACAAUUUGUAGCUAAGAAAUGAAUUCAAAAGCUGCUUAUUGAGUAGCAUUGCAUAUCAUGCCAUGCCUCAUGUACCAUGCUGGUCCUUGAGUGUAGAGAUGUAAGCCAGAGCACUGGUUAGAUGUGCAUAUGCAUGUUCAAUAGUCAAAGCAAUGUUCAUUAACAAGGAAUAUAUAUUGGAAAGACUCUGGAAAGAC